GUGAUAUAACGUAAUCCCAUAGCAGAAGAGCUCCGCCAUAGCUGCUGUUGUUGUUUUGGAAAUCGAGUGUAAGGCCUAUUACUAGACCAAAAUCGUUGCAAAGAUGUCGUCCCCAAGUCCAGGUAAACGUCGAAUGGAUACGGACGUUGUGAAACUCAUUGAAAGCAAACAUGAGGUGACAAUUCUUGGAGGUCUCAAUGAGUUUAUGGUAAAGUUUUAUGGCCCUUCUGGAACACCAUAUGAAGGGGGAGUGUGGAAGGUUAGGGUAGAUCUUCCAGAUAAAUACCCUUUCAAAUCUCCAUCAAUAGGCUUCAUGAAUCGUGUGUAUCAUCCCAACAUUGAUGAAGUAUCUGGAACUGUAUGUCUGGAUGUCAUUAACCAAGCAUGGACUGCUCUAUAUGAUCUCUCAAACAUAUUCGAAUCAUUUCUGCCACAACUGCUGACAUACCCCAACCCUAUAGAUCCACUCAAUGGGGAUGCUGCAGCAUUGUAUCUACACAAGCCAGAAGAGUACAAGAAAAGAGUCAGGGAUUACGUGCAGCGCUAUGCCACAGAAGAAGCUUUGCGAGAGGCAGAACAAGCUUCAUCUUCCAGUGAGUCAUCCAUGAGUGACUUCUCAGAGGAUGAAGCACAAGACAUGGAGUUAUAAUAGUGGGACCCCGGUCCCUGUGUCAGGGGUCCUCCAAAUUUAGCCUUUUCGUUUUCAAUUGUCCACACUACAAAAACCAUUGUGUAAAUAUUUCUCAGAACAGGUCAACAGUUCAUAUAAGAAUAAGCAAUUCAAUUUUUUUUUUUUAAAUUUCGCAGCCUUUCUAAAUAGCCUUUUUGUUUUUAAAUACAUUAAAAUAUUUGAGACAUUUUUAAUUCUUUUAAUGCUAAUGUUACUUGUAAAAUAUAUGAAUAAAAAAUGACUUUAAAAUAUAUGCACACUUGACCUGUUCAGUCUUCAUUUUCAUUGAUAACAAUUGGGCUUUAGCCAAACAUUUUUAUGAAUUUUUUUAAGUUCUGUUAUUGAUGAUGUAAAGAUAAUUUUCCAUAUGUUUAGGACAUUCUUUACUUUGCAUCGUUAUUCCCUAAUGGCAUAAAAAAGUAUCCAGCAUCAACUUAAUUAAUACAUUUUUCUCUAGUCAUCCUAAUGAUCAACUACAAAUUUAUUAGCGCCCCCAUAAACCAGCUGUAUGUAAACGUUCAUGUGACUAUAUUAGCCCAGUGGAAUUCUUACAGAUACAGUCUGCAUUUAUUUAGCUAAACAUUCAACUCCUAACAAAUAUAAAAAUGGAUAUUUCAUUACAAAUGUUAGCAAGCCUACCAGUGAAAACCUAGUUGUGUUAUCUGUGCAGUGGUGCCUACUUUAAUCAAGUUUUUAUUGUUUAUUUUUCAAUAAGUUGGAUAUUCAAGUAUGAGUGUAAAUACAAUUUUAAUUCAUCUAAAGUAUACAAAACAAGACUAGUAACAUUUUAAAAUAGAUUUUAACUUGAGAUAAAUGAUUUCACUGUUUGUUCUUUGAGAACUGAGUACCUAGAUUCCCACCAGCCUUGAUUCCGUUUUAACAUUAUUAAAAAGUAAUUUCGCUAAUCAUCUCUUUAAGGAAAAAAAAAAUCCUUCCCGCUACUACAGUAAUAAGGGGAUACUGGGUACUUUGUUAAUGUUCAUACUACCGGUACAUUUUUCUGUGACUUGUUUUUAACAUUGGACUGGACGUCCAGGAUCUGGUGUAUAUGCUAUGUGGUGAGAGACCCUCCUCCAUUAGGUGUAAGUGUAUUUUGUUACAUGAUAUAACUGGAGAUCUUUCCUUUGGAAUUUUUUCUUUUUUUUUGUUUCCUAUUGCACAUUCUGUGUAUCCAUAUUGUGUGUGUGUGUGUGUGCAUAUGAUGACAGGAUGAAUUGAACUUUGACUUGAAGUAUUCAGGUCACCAAUGCUCCAUAUAUUUAGACAUUGCUAUGUGUAUAUAAAUAUAAUAUUUUUCUGUAUUUUUGCUCUAAGAAAAAAAAAAUUCAUCAAAAUGCUUUUUUUUUUUUCAUCCAUUGUAUUUUUAUAUCUUUAAGAGAAUGAUUGUAUUGUGGUUCAGAAAAUAUGUUUUUAUAUUCCUAUAUGUUAAACUGGAAAAAAAUAUUAUUCUGUCUGACGAAUUCUGUAGGUUAAACAUAUUUUCUAGAUAGUAAUUAUAAAGACAAGAUAGUCAUAAAUUAAAAUCCCUUUAUAGUUUAUAUUGUAGUCUCGUAAGAUUAUAAAUUAGUCUGUCAUCUUGUUUCAACUAUUCACUUGUUAGCCAAACCUCUGUAAUAAUGGAGAAUUGUUUAAGCUUUAUUUAUUAUUAAUCUAAAACAUUGGAAAUAAUUAAAAAAUAAGAAAAAAAAAUUUAAAAAGAAAACUACACUCACGGUAAUUGUGUAACAAAUAUUUAAUUACUAUAAUUGGAAGUUAUCUGAAUUCAUCUUUUUGAUGGUCAGGAAACUCUUGAUAUACUCAUAUUCAAUUUUUUUUUUUACUGUAGACUAAGCAUGAAAUAGCUUCAUAAAAUGUAUUUAAUUUUGUGUAUGUAUGGUGGAAGUGAUAUCAUUUUUAACCAAAUAAGAUGUAAUAGGAUUAAUAUGUCUAGUUGUUUAUUUGCUUUUUUCUCUUUUAAAAAUGUACAAUAAUGAUGAUAAUGCAUGUCACUUAAAUAUUUGUAUCACUAUAAAUUCUACAGACAAUAAUGUCAGUCAUUCUAUUCAUUGGCCGCUAUGCAUUUCCUCUCCUCCAUCAAGGCAUAAUUUGUAAACAUACGCUUCUCAAUUACAAACAUUGCAUUUUUCUCAAUUACUUACAUCACACUCGGAAAUUUUUUUAAAAAUUGGCUUUUCGUGCAACAGCUUUUGAAAUUUUUUGCCCUUUUUACAGCAACAGCAUUAACUCAUUCAAUGUUUAGCUUCAUCAUCUUUGUCUGGAGGCUCUAAUAAAAAGAACUCUGCAUUGCCAAGGAAUUGCAACUGCAAGAUGAUGUCACUAUAAAAUGUGAAUGAGAAAACAACCAUAAUUAGUAUGGGCAUUUCUUUGAGCGCACUAUAGCCAGUUGAACUAUAGUCUACAAAAUUAUUUCAAUCAUUUGCCAUAUCUAUUGUAGGCAUACCUUGGUGGUUCCUCUGUUUAAAAGGUUUAAUUUUAUCAAAUAUUCCUUGUAACCCAGAUAUUCACCUAUGUUUUAGCCAUUUUUGUGUGUGAUCAAGAUGAGAAGUAAUGUCCUUAAAGUGAGGGUUUACAAAUGAUUUGGAUCAAUGCAUUCAAUCAAAAUAGCCAUACUUAAAUAUGUUCACCUUUUUUUCCAGCUUACCGUUUUUUUCUGCAUAUUUUUAUUUCAUUGUUUCAACUGAGAUUUUAUUUUCAUUUAAAUUUAUGCCUCUCUCUUUUUUUUUUAAAUGGCCAUUUUUAUAGUUGCAAGUUACACAUUUUCUUUAUAAUCUUAUUUUUUAUCCUCUAUCACUUUAAUAGUUUCACUUUAUUAGUUGUAUUUGAUUAAAAUAAUUUAUGUUUUCCCAAAUGCAAAUUAUCUCCUGUAAUAAGUAUAUUUUUGUUUUUACAAAUAGCAAAAAACAGGGAGGAAAGAAUUUCAUUGGUGAUCUUUAAUGGUUGAGAUUUCAGUUUUCAGAUGUUUUUCAUAAGUGGCCUUGGGGGGAAAAAAACUCUAAAAGAAAAUAUAUUAGGGAUCAUUCCUUUACUUUAAGUCUUUUUUUUUUAAAAACAGUAUUAAAGUAAUACAUUUCUAAAAAUUCAAGAAACAUUUUUAUGCAAAAACUGUUAGCUAUUAUAAACUGAUCUGUGUUUUAAAAAAAAUAAGAAUUUUUUUUAAUGCAAUUUAAAAAGCAAUUAUAUUUUGUCAGGUAAUAGUGUUGUAAUUUAAUGAAAUUUUUUGUUCCAGUCUUUUUCUUUAUGAUCUUAAGUUUUGACUUGAAGAAAAGAUUGUAGAAACUAACACUACAAGAAGGUACAUUUUCUUUCAGUGUUGAAAACAAAUACCAACAAGAUAAAUAGUUGACGAUCACAACUAUCCACCAUGAUCAAGUGUGAGUUCAUUUUCUGUGUCUUCAGUUUCUGACUGUCACAACCGCUUAGUUUGAUUUAUAUUAUUUUACAACUGUUUUACACUUUUUAAAGGAUAAAAGAACAUCAGAUGUUAAACACUAUUUUUGUUAUCAGCACUAGUUUUUCUUUAGCUUAGAGCUAGCAUCUUAUGUGUAGAUGGUCCUGUACAAUUCUAGACAUGUCAUUAUCUUCAUAUAUAAAUAUAUUAUACAUAUGCACCUGAUGAGUAUAAUAAAAAAAAACUUUCAGGAUUUUAA